AUGGCACCAGGCGGUACAUGGCAACGAUGCGGUGUUCCUGCGAUCGUAUUGACAUGGGCUAUCUGGUCUGAUCUUCCUUUUGGCCUAGUACAGUGCAGGGAGUUCACACUGGAGCAGGAGCUGGCCUUGCGGGAGAGCGACCGGAUGGACCCCCACAGGGACGAGGCCAUCCUGGCCGAGAUGCGCCUCCGCGGCGUGCCGGCGGCGGCCGAGCAGCUGGCGCGCCUGGCGCGCCUCGAGGCGCUGCCGGCGCGCGAGUGGUGGCGCGGGCAGCUGGCGAUGCUGCGGCUGGCCAGCCGGCCGGGCGGUCAGCCCUUGCGGGCCCUGAGGCGCCUGGCGCUCGUGAGCUUCGAGCUAUCGCUGGGGGGCAAGCCUGCCAAACGCCCCUCGGUGUCUGGACGCUUUGCCCUCCAGCCUUGUUGUUGGACGCCUUGGUGCCUGCAAGCGCCCUGA